AUGAGGGUUUCAGUGGAGUGUAGAAAAUACAAAAGGCUAGCCUGUCUGCCUGCUAACCACCAUUACCUCUGGAGGGAAGAGAAGAUGAAGCAGGGCUUUUUCUCUAAGAAGCUGCUAUGGGUUUUUCUGCUGUGUCUGGUGUUUCUGGCACUUUUCUUCUACUCCAGUCGCACAUUCACUGUCCUGUUGGGCGUACCCUGUGUCAGGACGAGUUAUGAGGAGUUUGUGCAUGAUGGCAGUUUGUCAAACCGAGAAGCGGAACACAACAAAUCAGCAAAGGCAGGAAGAGGAAAUAAGGAGGACGCUUUUAACAGACCGCUUGGCAUACCUCCUGAUAAAAGCAAACCUGCAAACAAUGUGCAGCCCGAGCCCUUUACUAGAGCCCAGGCAAAGCCUGCACCGACUGAACCGCCAUUCAUCGGGGACAAGUACGCACAAGAGGACAUCCGCCCAUCGGACUGCCCUGACAACAUUCCCAAGAAGUUUUUGAAAUCCACAUUGUUCAAAGACAAGUUCCUAGAGACCGUUCCCAUCCUGCAGUGGAAGAAGCAUGCCACAGAGAAGGAGUACAGCCGUCUGAAACAAUACAAUGGGGCCCACGGAUGGAGUGUGGUCCCCUUUGAUGUCUUGAAGGAGUCAUUGGACCUUUUGAACACCACGGCUAACCAGCAAAUGCUUGAUGACUGGGGUAGCAGGGCUAACAGGCCGGCCUGUGUCCGCUGUGCCGUGGUCGGGAAUGGGGGGAUACUGAAGGGCUCCAAGAAAGGAAAGGAGAUUGACCAGCACGACUACGUCUUCAGAACAAACGGGGCUGUGAUUGAGGGGUUCGAGGAGGAUGUCGGGAGCAGGACCUCGUUCUACACCUUCUCCACCAACACCCUGCGGAACUCCAUGCUGGCCUAUUUCUCACUGGGGUUCAGGGGACCCCCCAAGUCUGAGGAGACCCGAUUCAUCUUCCUGUCAGACCACGAUCGAGACUACCUCCUCCUGAAGGCAGCAGUGACACACACUCCCGUCGAGAAGGGGCCAGAACAAUCCAAGUCGCCACCAAGACAGUUUGGAGACGAUGUAAGAGCAGAAAAAUUCAAAAUGUAUCAUCCAGACUUCAUCCGUUACAUUAGGAACAGGUUCUUGGAUGCCAGUGUUUUAACAACAAGAUACAGAGAUUAUUACCGCCCCUCCACAGGGGCUACCAUGUUACUGGCUGCAGUGCACACAUGUGACCAGGUGAGUGCCUAUGGCUUCAUGACUCCCAACUACGCCAAAUUCUCAGACCAUUACUAUGACUACAUCUACCGUAAAGUGGCCUUCUACAUCAACCACGACCUUAGGAUGGAAAUGAGACUGUGGCAGCAACUCCACGAGGCUGGCAUCAUUCAAUUAUACAUGAGGGAAUGA